AUGGACCAGGUCAAGGUGGUCUCAACGUUUCUGGCAAUAGAUUUGUUGCACGUGGCUCCAAGAAUGUUGGGAUCCAAGGAGUUGGCAACACCAACACCAGACCUGACGAAGGCUCCAGAUGGUGCUGCAUCCUAUAGUUUAGGAGAAGAAGAAGCGGAACCAAAGUUAGCAUAA